AUGGUCUUUUACUGCGGCCGUUUGCUGUCGAUAAAGUCGGCGGCGGAGGAUGAGAGUAACCUCGUUCUAUUCAUCCGACAUCAACGUGCCGCUGAAAGUUUUCGCCAACAGCUUUGGGCUCAAAAAGAGUCGAUCGCGGCCUUGGUCAAAUGCCAUCUGAAUCUGCGCAGUGACGAUGGCUGCGUAGUUCUCUCACCUGAGUCCUGGAUCCAAGGCGGCUUUAACAUCUGUGUUCUUGUCGAUGUGACAGUUGCUGGUAGCACCACAAGAUUCGUUUUUCGUUGUCCCAUGCCUCACAAGCUAGCUGAAAGCCGGUACCCUGGGACUAUUGACGAGAGAGUUGCUUGCGAAGUCGCGGCCUAUGUGUACCUGCAAGAGCACUGUAUUGAUGUUCGAACACCAAUCCUCUAUGCUUUCGGUUUUGUCGAUGGGAGUCAGUUUACCCACAUUCGGCAAGCAGCCUUUAAUGUGCGCCUCUCUCGAAACCUUUGGCGAUGGGUGCAUCGUAUCCUAGACCUCCCUCUCCUCUCGAAGUACACUCGAAACACAGCUGCACCGACCGUCGACACGGCCUACAUGCUCCUUGAAUAUAUAAGUCCUGAGACAGGCAAAAUGCUCUCCUUGACAUGGGAUCGAUAUAAGGAUAAUGCUAACCGAACUGCCCGUCUGUUCCAAGGCAUGUCGCGUAUCAUGCUUUCCCUUGCACGACUCCCACAGACGUCUAUUGGGUCUUUCCGGUUCAAUCCAGGUAAUUAUACCAUCACUCUCACAAACCGGCUUCUAAUGUGCGCCAUGAUGAUGUUCGAGAACAACGGUACCCCACGGACGAUUCAGCCUGACCAAAUGUAUCAGAACACGGACACCUUUGUUUCGGAUAUGCUUACGCUACACGACAACCACUUGCUUCAUGACCCUCACGCUGUCCGGGAUGAAGACGAUGCCCGCGAACGAAUGGCAAUCAGGACAUUACUUCGAGCUGUGUCGCACCAAUUUAUUAAUCGCAACCGGCGAAAUGGUCCUUUCCUCCUACAGCUCACCGACUUGCAUCAGAGUAAUGUCUUCGUAGACGAUGAUUGGAAUGUCACUUGCAUGCUUGAUCUUGAGUGGAUCUGUGCGCUCCCAUCGGAGAUGCUGUCCGUACCGUACUGGCUCACAGAUUGCAGCAUUGAUAACAUUAUCGAUGACCGUUACAAUCAAUUCGACGAGGCACGACAAGUCUUCUUGGGAAUAAUGGACGAGGAGGCUAAAAUUGUACCGCAGAAGCAUGACAUUCGAGUCGUGGAAAUGAUGAGAGAUACUUGGUUAUCCAAAGGAGUGUGGUUCUGGGCUUGUAUAAGAUCUCUCAAUGCCUGGCCCUUCAUCUUUGAGGACCACAUUCUUCCGAGAUUCUCUGCCAGCAAAGAAUUGGUAGUCAUUCUAAAGCAGGCAUCGACCCUAUGGCAAGUGGGGAUCGAACAAAUUGUGAAGACCAAAGUUGCAGAUGAAGAACGGUAG